GGAUCCAGGGCCGGGCCUGGCUGUGGCCCAGCUAGGGUCACCUUGGGAUAAGGGAUCUCCUUCUUCCCUCUCCUGCCAUCUUCCUCCUCCACCUUUCCAACCCCAACACCAGCCUGGUACUACUGCAUGUUCCCGACAUUCCCAAAUGUCCCCUCAGCACCUCCCUGUACUAGUGGCCAUGGGGAUUCCCACUCUUCCAGCUUCCCAGUAAGUCCCAGCAAUCCCAAGACACAGCAGGAGAUCCCCCACCCCAUCACCCUGCUCCCAGCUUCCCCAAACUUCCCAAAACCCUGCUAGGAUGGGGUGACUGGAGUCCUGCCCCCUCUUCCCAGCAUCCUGGGUCCCCAGGUGUUCAGCUGGAUCCCAGCCCUCACCCACGGUGGGGAUCAACAUCUCCUGGGAUGCCCCACCUCCCAUCCAUGGAAAUUCCAGCCUUACCCCUCACCCAAUAUUCCAGGAGGGUCCUGGGGUGAUCCUGCAUGUGCUGGAAGAUGCUCAGGAUGUGGAGCUGCAGGUAGCAUUGACUCCAAAAAACAGGGAGAAGAGGGGAAUUCCUGGCUCUUCGUCGCCCCAAGAUGUCCCACGUCUCGGGAGGCCCCGGGUCCCCGCAUGCCCACCACCCCAAAUCCACGACCCGGAGGCACAAACCAGCUGCAGAUCACGAGGGCUCCACCAGACCUGUGUCCCCCGGGCUGGGAGCACCAGACCCACGAGGCUCCCGUGCCCCAGAGGGUCUCUGGGGUCCCCGAAGCCCUGUUUCCUCCCUGCCAGGGCAGGAUGGAGCCACCCCAUCACCCUCCUCCACCCCGCAGCACUGAGUCGGCUUCCUGCCCUCCGCCACACUCCCGGAGCCGCCGGAGCGCGGGGACACGGCCAAGCCACGUCCCCAGGCGGCUGAGACAGGGAUCCCCUGAAUCCCAGAGCCCUGAAUUCCAUGGGGCUGCCCCGCUGAUGGGAUGGGGGGGCUCUGCCUGCUCUUGGUGGCACUUUCUGCCGUGGCACCUGCACGAGUCCCCACAGAAACGACAGAACCUCCCAACACUCCGACAGGGAACACCUCAGUGACACCAGGUCCCAGAGCGCUCCGGCUGGCGGACGGCCGGAGCCGCUGCGAGGGCCGGGUGGAGCUGGAGCAGGAGGGGACGUGGGGGACGGUGUGUGACGAUGGCUGGGACAUGGCCGAUGCCAACGUCGUGUGCCGCCAACUCGGGUGCGGCCGCGCCGUGAGAGCCCACGGCAAUGCCGCCUUCGGCCGCGGACACGGCCCCAUCCUCCGGGAUGAGGUGGGAUGCAAGGGACACGAGCGGGACCUGUGGGAAUGUCCGGCCGCGCUGGAGAACGACUGCAGCCACAAGGAGGACGCCGGCGUGGUUUGCUCAGAGCACCAGGAGUGGCGGCUCUCCGGAGGCCAGGAUGAGUGCGCCGGCAGGGUGGAGGUGUUUUUCCGCGGCACUUGGAGCACGGUGUGUAACAGCACCUGGUACGACACGGAGGCCACGGUGCUGUGCCGGACGCUGGGAUGCGGGGAUAUGCUCCAGCGGCCUGCCUUCAGACACACGCUUCCCGGGAAGAUGACGUACCUGUGCGGGAGCCUGCAGCCCUCGCUGGCACAGUGCCGCUGGGUCUUCAAUAAAUCCGCUCCCUGUUACCAAUCCUGGGCCGCCGGGGUCAUCUGCAACGGCUCCCAGGGUUUGGAGACGCCGACGCCCACAGCGGCUGAGGUGACGCCCAGGAAUGUCACUGUCCUGCACACCGAGGAGGGGACCCGGACCUUGGGGACGCCAGCAGUGGACAGUCCCCUCUUUGUCCUGUGCCUGGUGCUGGCCGCGCUGCUCCUGCUCUCCAUGCUGGCCUUUUCCACUGCCCUGCUGAGGCUGAGGAAGAGGAGUGACGUGUCCUCCUUGGAAAUACCCAUGCCAGUCCUGGUGACCCACAGCUCCCAGAGCCGCGACGCACCCUCCGGGAUCUCCAACGACUACAGGAAGACUCCCACCAGCCUUCCCAAAGGAUCAGACUGUCUGGUCACAGCCAUUUCCAAGGAUUCUGAUUCCGACUCGGAAUAUUAUGAGUUCAGCAGCAAGCCUCCCAUCGCCCUGUCCACCUUCUACAGUGAGCAUCCCACUUCCUCUGGGAUCCCUGAGGUCCUGUCCCAGGAUCCCUGUCACCCAGGAUGCUCCCACCCCUCUCCCCUUCCCACAGACUCCCUGCGCCGGCAUCCCAGGGAGGAUCUUCUCCCUCUGAGACCCAGCCAGGACAGGAUGGAGCCAUUCCCUGAGGGUGAGCCGGCCAGGCCAGGACCCCCACUCCGCAGCUCCUCCAGCUCAUCCUCAUCCACGGAGCCCUAUUGGAAUGGCAGCGUUCCCCCCCCUGCCCAAGGCACCCAGUGGCACCCGGCAGCCACCGGCCAUGGCUAUGGCACAGCUCCGCCGGCAGCGCCCGCCCCAGUGCCCUCCCAGCCCUGGGUACCUGCAGCUCCGACAGAUCCCGAUCCCGACGGCAGCUCCAGCACCUCCUCGGGGGAGUGGUACGAGAACGUGCAGGAGACGGAGCCCCCCGGAGAUCCCUCCUCACAUCCAGGUGAGGAUCCUGUGCUGGAGGUGGGGCGCACAGGGAGUUCUGGCAAUUCCCAAAUCCUCCUGAUGGGCUCUGUCUCUGCAGGCUGGUCAGAUCCGUCCUGUCCCUCGGGGGAACACGGGGAGGAUCCCGACUUUUCCGAGGGCAGCGACUACGACGACGUCCAGGACUCUGCCUACUGAGCUUGUGCCACCACUCCAGAGGCCAAAUCUCCUGGAAUUCUCUGGCUAUCUCCUCCGGAAUUCACCUGCCAUCUCCUCUGUGCUGCCAUUAAAAGCUUUUCCCACCA